AUUUAUUAACUGAAAUUCAAUGUUACAUUUGAAAUGGGUACUACUGUAGAUAAUUUACAUUUUUGGAUCAACCAAAUGAUGGUUGAAAAACAUAUUAACAAAUAUACUGUGGAAAUAUCUGGUUCGUCGUCUAAAGGAGACGGUUAUUUGGGCGAAAUUAAUUUUGUUAGAGUUGUUUGUGACUUAGAAUCAGGCGAAGGUAAAAUUUAUGACAUUGUGGUAAAAGCAGCUAAGGUUGACGACGAUGACAGAGCAAGUUUACCUGUUAUUGAAACUUAUCAAAGGGAAACACUGAUGUAUACCGAGGUCUUUCCUAUAAUCGAAAAUUUUCAAAAUGAAAAUUCGAUAGAAAAUCCUUUCAAAAACUACGCGGAAUGCUACGGCGUUUGCUCAAUAGAUAGAAAGGAAGCUUUGCUAUUGAGUAACUUAAAAAGUUUAGGUUACUCCAUUCACGAUCGAAUGGUACCACAAAAUUUGGACCAUAUAAAAUUAGUCUUCAGAAAUUACGCUUUGUGGCACGGAUCAACCAUAGCUCUGAGAAUUAGAAAGCCGGAAGAGUUUGAAAGAAUUACUAAAGAUAUGACUGAUAUUGUGGGAGAUUUCAUAGUCCAAACGAAUAUGUUACCUGCUUUCAAAAAAUUCGUUAAAAAAUGUAUCGAUAUUUUGAUAAAACGUGGUGGCACAGACGCUGCCAAAAAAAUUGAAAACAUAGUAGAAAAUAUCUCAACGAUACUAACAAAGAUGACUAUAAUUGAUGAUAAAGAUGCAACUAACGAAGCUGUUAUUUUGCAUGGGGAUUGUUGGAAUAACAACAUGAUGUUCAAAUAUGAGGGAAAUGGGAAAUUAAAACCAGUCGAUAUGAAAUUUCUGGAUUUCCAAUGUUCCAGAGUAGCAUCCCCCAUAUUAGAUUUAUCUUAUUACCUUUAUUCGGUAGCUGAUAAGGUAGUUUUAAAUAAAUUCGAUUAUAUUCUAGCAGAAUACCACGAAACUUUGAAUGGCUAUUUACGACAGUUCGGUAUAAAUUGUGAUGAUAUUUUAACGUUAAAUCGACUGAAAAAUUCAUGGAAGAAGUAUGGUAAGUUCGGUUUGUGCAUGUCUUCUUUUCUUAUACGAGUGGAGCUGUCACAUGAGGACGAAGUUAUCGAUUUUGGUAAAGAAACUGCCAAUCAAACAAUGACUGAUAUAGACAUCGACAAUAUCAAAUAUCAAGAAGAAUAUGAUAGGAGGGUUUAUGAUGUUUUCAGUCAUUUUGCAGAGAAAUUUUUAUAAUUAUUUGUCAGAGUACAUUUUAAAAGAAAUAUAGUUAUUGGAAAUGUCGAAAAUGAAAAUAAAAUUGAUAAAUAUAGAA